AUGGAAUCAAAUUUUGAAAAUAAAAAGAUGUAUCGUAAAUCUCUCAGCAGGCCUGAACGUAAUCAAGUAGCACCACCUUUGUUGACAGGAAAAACAUCAGCUAAUAAUUCUUCCAUAACUUGUUGGAUUUUAUUUUCAAAAAUAGUCACUUUCUGGGCACCCGGUCCUUUAUUAUCUUCAAUAGGCGGACUUAAUGAUAGACAAUCUAAGCAAGCUUGGCGCGAAAAAAUAACUUUAUGUUUUAUCGCAUUACUUUUAGGCUCUAUAGCUGCAUUUUUAACUAUGGGAUUUCAAAGAGUAUUAUGUCCUUUAGUUGAUAAUGAUAAUCCAACAAAAUUUAAACCUUAUUUAGGAUCUCCAGGACAUCUUGGAGUUUUAGGAUUUCAAUAUAACAUAGAAAAAACAAAAAUAGAUCCUAAAAAAGGCGGCGUAAAUUUUUAUAAAUUAGCAGCUGAUAAAAGUGGUCAAGAUAUCACAAAUCUUUUUCAACGAAAUAAUGGCUUAAUUAAUGAAUGUCAAAUUAAUGAAAUACAAAAAUUUGCUGCUGUUAGAUCUCCACUUUGUCAACAAAAUUCAUGUGUUCUACCAUUCACUAUAAGUAAUCAAUCUUUAACUGACUUAGGGUUUGUUAAUACUCAAACGAGGGUUGGAUAUGAUUGGGAUCAUUUACCAGAUUUAGAUAAUUACAUUGUCAUUGAUGGAAAUGUUUUAAACCUUAACCCCUAUAUACAAUAUCAAAAACCUUUAUCAGAUGAUCAAUUAGAUGUUAUUAUACGCAAAGUCUUAAGUCCAGUUUAUGCAAAAAAUGGUAAAGAUGCUACUCGUUUUCCUCCAUUCUCACCAUAUUUAAGUACCCUUAAAUAUCCUGGCAAAACUAGAAGCUUCAUGACAUCAGAUGAUGUAGGAAAUGAUUUAUUCACUGUAUUACUUGUAACAUGUUAUUCUGAAGGUGAAGCUGGAAUCCGAACUACUUGUGAAUCAAUGGCUGCAACUGAUUAUCCUGAUGACAGAAAACUGUUGUUUCUAAUUUGUGAUGGUAUUAUCACUGGUAGCGGUAAUGAUCGUAGUACACCAGAUGUUUGUGUUGGUUUAAUGGAACUAGAUACUAAAUUUAAAAAUCCUCAACCAAUGAGUUAUAAGGCAGUGGCUGAUGGCUCUAGACAACAUAACAUGGCUAAAGUUUAUGCAGGACAUUUUAUACUAGAAAAUCAUUGCGUACCAAUGAUCGUAGUUGUAAAAUGCGGUAAUUCUAAAGAACAAGGAAGACCGAAACCUGGAAAUCGCGGGAAAAGAGAUUCUCAAUUAAUAUUAAUGAAUUUCUUUAGUCGAGUCACUUAUAAUGAUCGUAUGACUGCAUUAGAUUAUGAUUUAUUCAGGAAAAUCCAUUAUCUUAUGGGUGUUACGCCUGAUUUUUUUGAAAUCGUAUUAAUGGUGGACGCUGAUACAAAAGUAUAUCCUAAUUCAUUACAAUUACUAAUCAAUUGUAUGUGUAAUGAUCCGCUUAUUAUGGGUGUUUGUGGAGAAACAAAAAUUGCAAACAAACGCGAUUCAUGGGUUACUUCAAUACAAGUAUUUGAAUAUUACAUAUCACAUCAUUUAGGUAAAGGAUUUGAAUCAGUUUUUGGUGGUGUUACAUGUUUACCAGGAUGCUUUAGUAUGUAUAGACUCAAAUCCAGAAAAGGGAAGACCGAUUGGGUACCAAUCAUUACUAAACCUGAAAUAGUUAAAGAAUAUUCACAGAAUGAGGUUGAAACAUUACAUCAAAAAAAUUUAUUAUUACUUGGAGAAGAUCGAUUCCUGACCACCUUGAUGUUACGAAAUUUCCCUACUCGUAAAAUGAUAUUUUGUCCAAAAGCUGUUUGUAAAACAACUGUUCCCAGUGAAUUCAAAGUUCUUUUGUCACAACGUCGUCGUUGGAUUAAUUCAACAAUUCACAAUUUGAUGGAACUUGUAUUAGUUCGAAAUCUUUGUGGAACAUUUUGUUUUUCUAUGCAGUUUGUUGUUUUUAUGGAAUUGAUAGGCACAGUGGUAUUACCCAUAGCAAUUUUAUUGACCUAUGCGUUGAUCAUAUCAAUGAUUAUAAGACCACCACAACAAUUUGAUGAUAUGAUUCCUUUAAUCAUGUUAGGAAUGUUGCUUGGUUUACCGGCCAUUUUAAUUUUAAUCACUACAAGAAAACUUGUUUAUAUCGGCUGGAUGUUUGUUUAUAUAUUUGCUUUACCUAUAUGGAGUUUUAUAUUACCAUCAUAUGCUUAUUGGCAUUUUGAUGAUUUCUCUUGGGGUGAAACAAGGAAAGUUGAAGGCGAAGAGAAGUCAGAAGAUCAUAGCAAGAAAGAAGGUGAAUUUAAUGCAAAUAAUAUUCCUUUGAAAAAGUGGGAAGAUUGGGAAAGACCAAUAUUGCAUAAAACGAAACAAAGAGAAAAACAAAAUAUGCUAGAAAAACAACAGCAAAAAUUGUAUAUAACAACAUCAGUAAAAUUUCCAUCUCCAAAAAUCAAUGAAAAUGGGACUAUAAGUUCUAAUUAUUCACAAAAAACACAAGAAUUUACUCCACAACAGCAUCAAGCGCAUCACUACAAUAACUACCAGCAGCACCAAGCGAACAAAAAAUCGAAAAAAGGAUCAGAUCAAAAUAAUGAUUAUUAUCAAAACCCAUAUGAAUAUGGUGAUGAUGAUAACGUUGCUCAAGAUAAUUAUUAUCAACAAGAAAGGUCUUUUUAUGAACAGUCACAAGAUCUUGGUUACGAGCAACCACAAGAUUCGUUUUAUGGCCAGGAACAAGGUUCUGCUUAUCAACAACCUGGAAUAGAUUUAUAUCAGCAACCACAAAAUACUUAUUAUGAGCAACCAUCACCAUCAAGUAACUUUGAGCAAUUAGGAAGUCAAUUUGAAGAAUCAAAGAAUAAUUUUUUUAGCAAAGUCAAGUCAUCUUUUAAAUAA